AUGCAGAGUUACAUUGGUGUUUUGGCAUGUACCAGAGUCCCUCUUGUGGACAAGAAAUGGACUCAAUCGCCUAAGGACAUGAAGGAGCAGAUUUGGGAAGCUAUUCAAAUGACUUAUGUUGUUGGGGAAGGGGGCAAGAAGAUGGUGCUGUCGUCUGCCGCCAAAAAAUGGAAGGAUUUUAAGUCUACCUUAACUAGGCAGUUUAUCCUUCCAUUCGCAAAUGAGAAGGAGAAGUUAAAAGAGCCCCCUCAGCUUUAUAACUUCAUAGAGAAAUCUGAAUGGGAUGCCUUUGUAGCUUCAAGGUUAUCCCCAUAUUUUGAGGCUGUGCAUUCUGAGCAGUCACAGAGAAGGGAGAAAUGCCAGUACAACCAUAGGUUGUCUCGAAAAGGGUACGUUGGUUUGGAGGAUCAAUUGGAAGAAACCAUGCCCGGUGAAGAAAUCGAUCGAUCUCUGCUAUGGAAGAAGGCAAGAGAAGAUAAACAGGGAAACAUCCCUGAUCCAAAGGUUGCAGAGAAGGCAAAAUUAAUCGUAAGUUUCACUGACUCUGUUCUAAACUUGUAA